GCCCCCCGCACCGCCGCCUGAAGAGCGCGGCUGGACGGGCAGCGCUUCCCCCGCAGCGCUGCCCUGUGCGGCGGCGGCCCCGGCCCCGGCCGCCAGCAUGGGGGCCGCCGCGGUGUGCCGGAGCGCUGCCGCGUUCGCCGGCUUCCUCACGUUGCUCGUGCUCCUUGCCACUGCUAAUGGUCAGUCGAAGGUGACCUCUGAGCAGAAUACCAUCAGCCUCUCCCCUGGCAAGUACCGCCACCUCGACCGUGCCACCAACAAAGAGCUGAUCUGCGACAAAUGUCCUGCGGGAACCUACGUGUCCAAACACUGUACGAAGAGUACCUUAAGAGAGUGCAGCCCUUGUCCAGACGGGACUUUUACUAAGCAUGAGAACGGCAUAGAGCGGUGCCACCCUUGUAGAAAACCCUGUGAACUGCCAAUGAUUGAGAAAACUCAUUGUGCUGCCUUGACUGACCGCGAGUGCACUUGCCUGUCUGGCACGUUUCAGACAAACGAUACCUGCGUCCCUUACACCGUGUGCCCGGUCGGUUGGGGCGUCCGCAAGAAAGGAACUGAGACUGAAGACGUCAGGUGCAAGCCGUGCCCUCGUGGUACCUUUUCUGAUGUGCCUUCUAGUGUGAUGAAGUGCAAACCAUACACUGACUGCUUUGGGAAAAACAUGGUGGUCAUCAAGCCGGGGACGAAGGAAAGUGACAACGUCUGCGGUUCUCCGGCGUCGCUUCCGAACACGUCUUUGACUUCGUCGAGCACUGAAGUGAGUGAAGAACCCUAUGAAGUUCCACCAACUGCUCAUCUUCCCAAAGGUUUGAACUCCUCAGUUACCGAUCUUGCCCCUUCUCCUGUGCCACACACACCCAGUGGCAUGACAGAGCAGCCCCUGGGCUACUACAGUGAAACUCUGGCCAACGAAACGGACGCCACCAACGAGACAGACAGUGCCAACAGGGCUCCUGCUGGUUCCAUUGCUGCAGGCCAGGCACAGAGCUACCAGCACAAGCAGGCCAAUCAAGCACUGGAAAAGCAGCCAUCUCUGGAGAUGGCAGGAGGUGAUAAGUCCAGUGUCCCAUACAGGCCCCCCCGGCGGGGAUCGCAGAACGUCCACCAACACUUUGACAUCAACGAACACUUGCCCUGGAUGAUCGUCCUCUUCCUUCUGCUGGUCCUGGUGGUUAUCGUUGUCUGCAGUGUCAGGAAGAGCUCACGGACUCUGAAGAAGGGACCCAGGCAAGAUCCCAGCGCUAUUGUAGAAAAAGCUAUUAUGAAAAAGUCCACCACCCCCACGCAGAACCGUGAGAAGUGGAUCUAUUACUGCAACGGGCAUGGCAUCGACAUCUUGAAGCUUGUGGCAGCCCAGCUGGGGAGCCAGUGGAAGGACAUCUACCAGUUCCUCUGCAACGCCAGCGAGCGGGAGGUCGCGGCUUUCUCCAACGGUUACGCGGCCGACCACGAGCGCGCCUACGCCGCCUUGCAGCACUGGACCAUCCGUGGGCCUGAGGCCAGCCUGGCCCAGCUCAUCAGUGCCCUCCGUCAGCACCGUCGCAACGACGUGGUGGAGAAGAUCCGAGGCCUGAUGGAGGACACCACCCCGGUGCAGAUGCAACCCCAGUGGCAAGCUCAGGAGCCCUGCAACGAUGAUGGAAAGGUGGAAGUUGACAGGCUGGCAGUCCCAGCGAGCCCCAGCCCCCUCAGCCCUGCACCCACCCCCAGCCCCAAGCCCCCCGAGGCGGCUGUCCUCACCGUGGAGCCCUCUCCUUCAGAGAAGAAAUGUUUCUUCGUCGAUGAAGCGGAGCCCCUCCUGCGCUGUGAUUCCACCUCCAGCGGCUCCUCUGCGCUCAGCCGGACAGGCUCUUUUAUUACCAAAGAAAAGAAGGACACCGUCCUGCGCCAGGUGCGCUUGGACCCUUGCGAUCUGCAGCCGAUCUUCGAUGACAUGCUGCACAUCCUGAACCCUGAGGAGCUCCAUGUCAUAGAGGAGAUCCCCCAAGCUGAAGACAAGCUGGACAGGCUGUUUGAGAUCGCUGGAGUCAAGAGCCAGGAAGCCAGCCAGACCCUCCUGGACUCUGUCUAUAGCCACCUCCCUGACUUACUGUAGGCACUGGGUCACCACCACGCACUCUCCGAAUAUCUGCUAGAGCUAGCUUGGCACUCCUUAAGAUGACCGACAAUACUCGGGCAGGUUUUGUUGUAGAAUAUAUGGCCAGUAUUUCUGUUGAGGUGUCCUUGGUUUCUGGAGGGGGGGCAGUUUGCCAGCGUUGCACCCCUCCACCUUAACUCUAUCGCUCAGUCCAAGUCUUUGCACCCUUUGCCCCCUUUCCCGAGCCUCUUUCCUCCUUGUCCUCAUUCCAAUCAGAUCAGUCGAUGCACUUUAAAGAAAAAUGCAGUUAAUGAACUAAAAGACCAUGAAAUCUGGUGUAAUAUAACACAUCAAAUUGGGGAUUGCUCUGUAACCCACUUCUUCAUUCAAAGCUGUCUCUUGGAGUGACUUUCUCUCUCUUCGCCUCAGCGUGGUAAAUGGCAAAAACACGCAAAAAAAAAAAAUAAACCCCAAUUGUUGCUGGUCACUGUCUCGCAGCUAAGCUUCCCACCUGAGCUGACUGGUUUUUUGUUGUUUUUUUUUUAAAUGUACUACUAUAUAGCUCCUAUCCAUUGCUGAGGUUUUACUAGCAUGGUUAUUUAUUGUAUGGUUUUCACCCGGACAAUGCAUCGCGUUCCUAUAAAGUAAAGCAGAAGUGCUUUAACUGCAAAGAGAAGGGGCAGUCCCACCAACUUGGAGGUGAUGAAAAGGUCCUUUGCCUUCAGUCAAAUGUGAGGAGUUUAUCUUGCCUUGCCUCUUACAGGAAUGGUGGGGCCACGAAGGGAGCUUGUGCUGGACAUGGGGAGGCGGAAGCAGCCAGGGGUGGUCCUGCUCUCCUCGCAGUGUAGGACUUAAAACCACGCUAUGCUUUUACACUCGUGUCUCUUGUUUUUUAUACAGACGUGGCCAAUAGGUUCUCCAGAGACCUUACCUGGUCUGAAUAGCCUCUUCAAAUCACACUUCACUUUUUAUUAA